UGCAGUUAACUUGAUGUUAGCUUGUGCACGAGAGGCUGCGCGGUUUCGUUUUCAUAAUUACACUUUUACACACGUCGGUGAGAGCGUGCGCUGCGCCUGGCUCGCUCACUGUACGUGACGUCAAUCCAGCAUGGCGGCCAAGGUGACUUCGGCAUCGCUCUCUGAGCAAUUUUCAUACCUUUAAUUUCACAUUUCUGCAUGUCUUUUGUUGGUUUUCGUGUGUAGGACGUGACAGAGCUAGGUGGGGUGUAGCUGGCAGGGUACAGGGGCUCGGAUGCGGUGUACUAUGUGGCUGUAGCAUCUCUGGGCUAGCCUCCGCCCGGCGGUGGCUGGCCUUGAUGAGACAUCCACAACCUCGAAGUUAGCGAGAUAAAGCUAAAACAGCUAAAACUGCUGUGAUAGGCUGACAAACGCGAGCUGGAGCGGCUUUGUCGCCACGGUCGACUCGUUUUCCAGUUUGUGGUAGAGCCCUCGAUUUUCCCUGCUCUAAAUCUUAUCAUGUCAUUGCUGCAGGUUGUGUCCUCUUCCUGUGAGUAGUCUGUGCUUGCUAGCCGUCUACCUGGUUGUUCAGUGAGUUUCAGCUUGUGCAGAGCAGUUACCUUGUGGCCACUUUAUUGUUUAGAUAGCUGCUUUUGACAAAUAUGGUUGUGUGCGUGGCUAUGUAUUGUAAAGCUGUGAUUGUGUGCCGUGGGGUCUGUUUUCUCCUUCAGAGCAAUGGACGUUUCAAGGAGACAUGAAGCAUUGGCAUUGUGAUUGUUUUCGCUUUACAUGCUACUCUCUACAGACCCACUUCACCCUGCAAUAAGAAAGUCGUGUCCUAAGACAACAUCAGCGUGUUAACAUACUGUUUGCUGUUGUAGGUGCAAUCUACCAAACGCGGGGACCCAAAUGAGCUGAAAGCAAUUUUCCAGAAGGUAAGUUUACACAGGAUAUACUCUAACAAAAUCACUGCAAAGUGUUUGAUUUUUGAUGUGAGAUUACACAGAGAUAUACUAAUGUGUGAGUCCAGGUCUUGAUAGACGAUCAACCUCACCCAUGACUGUCUUCACUUGCUGAAUGAGCUCAUAAGUUUGGUCAUGGGGCUUAAAUUACAGCAGUAGCCACAGUUAAAGGUCCAACAGAGUUAGCUGCUGUUAUCUAAAAUCAUUCACUGUAACUAAACUGCUUGUCAGUAAUCAAACACUAUCACUUCUUCAGACAGACAGACAGAGAUUGAAUGUGAAUAUAAUUGUGGUUCAGUCCUGAUGAGGCAGCAGCUGUGAAAGUGCAGAGGUUGUUUUAGUUUAGAACAGUAGUUCUCAAGUCCAGUCCUCGAGGCCCACUGUCCUGCAUGUUUCCCUGCUCCAACACACCUGAUUCAAAUGAUUAGCUCGUUAUUAAGACAUUACAGAGCUUGAUAACGAGCUAAUCAUUUGAAUCAGGUGUCUUGGAGCAGGGAAACAUCCAAAACAUGCAGGACAGUGGGCAGUGGACUUGAGAACUACUUGUUUAGAGGGACUACCAGGCUUCAGACUUGUGAUUUGUCCCUUUUAAGACACUAAAGACUGUCUCACUCUCCUCUGAACGGCACAAGCAAGAGGCUGAUAAGUGUAGGUAAUGCUUGAAAGAGCACUGUCACACCAGUGCCCUGAUGUUGUGUCUUUAAAGCUCCAGAGCAUCAGUUUGACGUUAUAAUAAGUCAAAGGAAAAGGAGGAAGAGUAUUCUGAGUGACUGUAAGAAGAGAGGAUUUGGUUAACCUUCACCUUCCUCUAGUGUGUGCUGCAUGCUAAGUGUGUAGGCCAGCAGUUGUUGUUACCCCUGAAACACGUAGGUCAAAUAGCUCAUAGGUUCUAUCCAGAGACAUUAGUGAACAUGUGUCUACUCGUGCGUGUGAAAGAGCGGACUGAAGGAAUUCUGACAUGUCAUGCUACCACUGCAAGACCACUGACCGUGGUCCUCAGGUUGCUUCAUAAAUCGGUGUAGUGAAAAGAUCAAUGACAGGGCUGAUGCUUUUCUUCUUAGCUAACCUUGAAUUUUGAAUUCAAACACAUUUACUGGAGAUGUGCUCCUGUAAGAAAGAAAGCUUAGCGCUGAAUGAGGAGGUCAGUGGAAUGCAGUAAGGAGUUUAGCAAAUCCUUUAUAAGGUGGUCUAAUGUCCUCAGCUUGUGACACUAUUUUUGGAUCAUUAACAAAGAACUGACAUUAACAGAACAGUUCAAUUCAAAUUAUUUAAAAAUAAGACAGAUUUGGCAAGAGGGAGUAUUUACUGUAUUAAAUUCUCAGAAAUCCAAAUGAUUUUCAUCUUGCUUUUUUCACUUCAGAAAGUGAGGUUUGUAGUCUACAGAGAAGUGCUCCUGCCCCUGAGUUCAUGCAAAGCUCGUGUGCUUCUCAUACCUCUCACUCACACCUUGGAAGAGUGAUCAAACAAGCCCUCAGCAAGGACACUGAGGGUUAAAACAGCUGAUUGUAAGCCAUGCUUCUGAGCAGGAUUAACUCUUGGUUAUGUAAAUAACUCACACAACUUGCCCGGUAAAAACAGAUAAAGGCCGGCAAUAGAUUCCCUUUUAAAUGUUGUUAGUUGUAGUUGGUUUUUGGAAAAAAUAAAUUAGCACUUAUGGGGGUUAAGUUUUAUAGCUGCUACUAUUUAUAUUCCUUCCCCUCAGUAUGCCAGUGUGGUGGACAAGGAUGGAGAGAAGUUCAUGACCCCAGUAGACUUUGUCCAGAGGUAUCUAGGACUACACACACAGAUCCACCACAACCCCAAAACUGUACAGCUCAUUGCUGCUGUGGCUGACACCACAAAAGACGGGUACGUGCUGACACACACACACACACACACACACACACACACACACACACACACACACGCACACGCACACAGUGGCACAUUUCUUAUCAUCUCUAAUUGUAAGUUUAUUGGGUCAUGUCUGAUCAUUGCUUGCUAUUAUAGCCACUUAGAGAUAAGAUAAAUGUUUUGUGUUUCAUUCAUCAGACUGUUCAAGUGUGAAGUAUUGUGUGCUUGAAUGAUGCACACAGUAUGCCAAUCAUGUGACUGUUGUUUAGAUCUGCUUAGAAAAUAAAAGACUGAAUUGCUUUUUGCACAGAAUCAAAGGGCUGUCAAAGUUAUCUAUGAUGCUUUACAGUCUUCUUUUAGUCCGAGCUAAAAUGGAAGAAGAAAAUAGAAGAAUAAACUGCAUGUUUAUCAAUCAGCAGUAUUUUAUUACCUGAUCAUGGUGCAUUUUAAGCUGUUAAUAUGUAACCAUUUAUCUUUUGUUCCUGUUUUUAUGCACCUACAACGGCAGGCUGAUCUCGUUCCAGGAGUUUCUUGCAUUUGAAUCUGUGUUGUGUGCACCUGACGCACUCUUCAUAGUCGCCUUCCAGCUGUUUGACAAGACUGGAACCGGGACCAUUUCCUUUGGUAAGGAGCCAAUGUGGUUUAUUUUUUUUGUCAGCUGUUACUGGAACUUUGAAUCAAAUUCCCAUGAUCACAGAAAUGAAUCACAAUGAGAACACACCACUGUUCAUUAUAGAACAUCUCUGUUUUUGAAGACGAUAGUCUAUUGUUUUUGUGGCGCUUAAUCUGCCCAUGAUUUCUGUGUGUGUGUGUGAUUAUCAGAGCAGCUCACACACUUUUUUUUCAUUGUACACGUGGAGAGAGAAUUUUCCUCACAUUGUUGACCAGAUUAGUCUCCGGUUUAAGUCAUUAACAUAGACGGACUUACACAAUCGCUCUCAUGUGAAAUUCCCUACGUCAUUUCUACGUCAACUUACUUAUGUAACACACACCUCCAUACACAGCUCUGUCCUCGAUGUUAUUAACGUAAUCACCCCAAAGAUUGUUUAUGAGAUUUGUGAAUGCGUAUUUAUUGAGCAUUUGUGCUGCAGAAAAUGUGCGGGACAUCUUCAGUCAGACCACAGUGCACCAUCACAUCCCCUUCAACUGGGACUGCGAGUUCAUCCGCCUGCACUUCGGCCAUGACAACAAGAAACACCUCAGCUACCUCGAGUUCACCCAGUUCCUGCAGGUUUGCUGAACACACACACACACACACUGAUCAGUCAGCGAGUUCUCGCUCCUGUUGCACUUUUUUGGCCUACUCUGCCGUAUUCAAACAAAGUCUUGUGGUGGUGCGUAUCUUUUUUUAGGAGCUGCAGUUGGAGCAUGCACGUCAGGCAUUCGCCCAGAAGGACAAAGGGAAGAAUGGUGUUAUUUCUGCAAUGGACUUCAGUGACAUUAUGGCCACCAUCAGACACCACAUGCUCACACCCUUUGUGGAGGAAAACCUUGUCUCUGUGAGUGUUUGUGUGCGCACGCACGGAUAUCUUGACUUUCACCUAGAACACAGAUGACACUGUGUUCAGAUUGACAGGAGGAGAAGAGUUAUUUUCAGAUGAUCACAUUUCAGAGUGUUCUAAAUUCAUUCUCAUAGCUGGAAGCUCAGCCAUUUAAGUCCUUGAUAGACUGAAGCGGCAGCCACUAUUUUCAGGGACAGAUAUUCUGAGGCUAAAGAGGAAUGAGAGUUUAUAAGUCACUGACUGUUGGUCACUGACUUAGAUAUCCUGCUGAGAUUGAUGUACUCUUCUUACCCGUUUUUCACAAAAGCAAACAUUUCACCUCAGAGGAUCGAAUGAAACGUCACUGAGUUGAUACUUGACAUACCCUUCCUGUCUCCUCCCAGGCUGCAGGUGGCAGCACCUCUCACAUGGUCAGCUUCUCGUACUUUAAUGCCUUCAACUCCCUCCUGAACAACAUGGAGCUGAUUCGUAAGAUCUACAGCACACUGGCUGGAACGCGGAAGGACACACUGGCGACAAAAGGUGCACACAGAUAGCUACAUGACUGUAAUGCUGUUGAUAGAAGUAUGAGAGUGUGUCGUGAAUGUGCGUGAUAUUUAAAGAUCGAAUAAUUCCCUUUUGUAUCUGUUUUUCUGCAGAGGAGUUUGUUCAUGCCGCCAACAAGUUUGGUCAGAUCACCCCCAUGGAGAUUGACAUCUUGUACCAGCUAUCAGGCCUGCACUCCCCCUCUGGGUAAACACUUAAUCCGCUACUCAGAAUCAGCAGGCUCCCCUAAAUACAUGAAUGAAAACAUAAAACCGUGUAUUCAUGAUAAUGGUGAUGGUUUAAAUGUCUGUUCUCCAGGCGUCUGAACCUGGCUGACAUUGAGAGGAUAGCUCCAUUAGAGGAAGAGUGUCUGCCCCACCACCUGGCUGAAUCCCAAAAACAGGUGAGGUGAAGGUGCUCGUGUGGAAAUGAACUUAUCGCAUCAACAAAAUAACACAAACCAUUAUAAAGUGUCAUCAUCUGUCGUUUUCCUUCAGGUCCAUGGAGACGCUUCCAGGCCCGUGUGGCUCCAGGUUGCCGAGUCAGCCUACAGAUUCACUCUUGGCUCUAUUGCUGGAGGUGAAUUACCCUGUGACCUCAGACUGAUAGCUAGAGGACGCACUGCAGUGUCUCACACAUUAUCUAUGUUAUGGUGGUGUUUGUUCUGAGUUUGUGUGUGUUUACAUAGCUACCGGAGCGACUGCAGUGUACCCCAUUGACUUGGUAAAGACUCGUAUGCAGAACCAGAGGUCCACAGGAUCCUUUGUUGGAGAGCUGAUGUACAAGAACAGCUUUGACUGUGCUAAGAAGGUGCUGCGCUACGAGGGCUUCUUCGGCUUUUACAGAGGUAUGCCAGAAAAGAUCCCUGAUCAAGAUUGUUCGGUCACCCAGCCUCUUGUUUUUGUCUGUCAGCUAUUGCUCUCUUUCUGUUCUUUACGUUGGAAUUUGGUGAAUCUUAAGUGGUUAUGAGAACCCCCUGUGGUGAUCUGCUUUUACGUGUGUCCUCAUAUUUCAGAACUCUAAAAAGUCUGUCCCACUCAGUCUUCCUCUCCUCUAAUCUCGUCUGAUUCACAUCUCUUUCCUCUUUAUUGUGGUUCCUCCAUUCAUCCUGUUUUUCCAGUAAUGCAAAUAAAACGUGAUCCUCAGGUUAGUCAUUCUCCCUUGAUGCUCCACAGGUUUGGUUCCUCAGCUCAUAGGCGUGGCACCUGAGAAGGCCAUCAAACUCACAGUGAGUGCCACCUCAGCAUACACAACACAGAAAUCUAAAGCUACAUCAAAAAAAAAAUGAUAAAAAAUGUCAUAGUUAUGUAUGAUAAAAAAAAAACAUUUUAUAGUAGGAUAAAAAUGUCAUAGUAAAGUAUGAUAAAAAUGUCAUAGAAUAGUAUUAUAAAAACAUUUAAUUGUAUAAAAAAAUGUCAUAGAAUAGUAUUAUAAAAAUAUAUAAUUGUAUGAAAAAAAUUUCAUAGUAUAGUAUGAUAAAAAUGUUACAGGGUAGUAUUAAAAAAUUAUUUAAUUGUAUAAAAAAUGUCAUUAUGUAUGAUAAAAAAAUCAUUUCAUAGUACGAUAAAAAUGUCAGUUAAGUAUGAUAAAAAUGUCUUGGAAUAGUAUUAUAAAAACAUUUAAUUGUAUGAAAAAAUUUCAUAGUAUAGUAUGAUAAAAAUGUUAUAGAAUAGUAUUAUAAAAAUAUUUAAUUGUAUAAAAUAAAUGUCAGUAUAGGAUGAUAAAAAUUGUAUGAUAAAAAUGUCAUAGUUAAGUAUCAUAAAAUGUCAUAGUAUAGAAUAAUUAAAAAACAUUGUAUAGUAUGAUAAAGAUGUCAUAGUAUCGUAUGAUAAAAAUAUCAUUUUAUAGUGUAAAAUAAUGUCUUGGUAUAGUAUGAUAAAAUGUUGUAGUACAGUAUGAUAACAAUGUCAUAGUUAAUUAUUAUAAAAUGUCAUAGUAUAAAAAAAUGUCAUAGUGUAAUAUGAUAAAAUGUCAUAAUAUGAUAUAAAAAUGUCAUUUGAUAGUAUGAGAAAAAUGUUAUAGUAUAGUAUGAUCAAAAUGUCAUAGUUUAGUGUGAUAGAAAUGUCACAAUGUAUUAUGAUAAAAAAUUUUAUUAUAUGAAAAAAAAUACAAUAGUAUAGUAUGAGAAAAAAAAGUCAUAGUAUAAUAUGAAAAAAAUAUGAUUUUAAUAGUAUGAACAAAAAUGUCAUAGUAUAGUUGGGAAGCAGAAGGCGUGCACAUAGACAACAAAACCCUGUAUGAAUAUAAAAUGAAAUAAUUAAAAGUCCUUUGUGGAAGAAGAAAAGGGAAAAGUCAGUAAAAAAUGAAACUCUAUCAAAGAAACUGCCUCAAUGUGUCUUUUCAUAUGAAUCAGUAGAUUUUUUUGGGUUGUGUUUGAUCUCACUUCCUGCUUUUAAUCGUGUCCCACAGGUGAACGACUUUGUAAGAGACAAGUUCACUGGAAAAGACGACCAGAUCCCUUUCUAUGCUGAGAUUCUGGCUGGUGGCUGUGUAAGUACUAAACUCGUGUUUUCCUCGUUCAUGUGUGAAUGCUGAAAUGAGCACCAGGAAAGACAAGUGCAGACGCAGUCAGCCAAGGCGUGUUUGAGCCUCCUCAGUUGUUUGGUCCAAUAAAACUGUAUGUAUUGCACACAGUCUUCUUAGAUUUUGUAUUAACCUGCUUGCUUGCCAAGGCAAAACUACUAACAACAGGUUGCAUUGCUAAAGUGCAUCCAGGGUUCAGAUGUCAUUUUCCAAUACAACAUGUUUUUUUCUGUUUUUGUUUUUAAUAGCGUUGUUCAUCCUUACACAAACUUUGGCCCAGCACACCUUACCGUCCGGGGAGAUGGCAAAGUAAUGAUUGAUUAGGAUUCAAUUUUUUACUUUGAAUACUUUCUAUAAGAAAAAGUUGGCUCCGUCCCUCAGCUGUGUGAGAAGUGGGAACAGUGAUUUCUUUUCUUUUUUUAAUGGAGGUGUUAAACAAACUCCUCUUCUCUUUAAUUAUCCAGGCUGGAGGCUCUCAGGUGAUCUUCACCAACCCACUGGAGAUUGUGAAGAUUCGUCUGCAGGUGGCAGGAGAGAUUACCACCGGACCUCGAGUGAGUGCGCUCAGCGUGGUCCGUGAUUUGGGCUUCUUUGGCCUCUACAAGGUAAUGUGACGCUCUCUCUCUAUGAUAUUUACGCUUUAUUCCUCCACCCUUUUCUACAUUCCUCUAAGCUCUGUCUCAUAUGUCUGUCCGUAUCUCAAUAGGGUGCUAAAGCGUGUUUCCUGAGAGACAUCCCUUUCUCAGCCAUCUAUUUCCCUGCGUACGCCCAUCUUAAGUCCAGCUUUGCUGACGAGCAGGGCCAACUGGGAGCUCUUCAGCUGCUCACUGCCGGAGCUAUUGCAGGUAACCUCAGACAGCAGCUGUCAGAACACGCCGACUCAGAACACAGUUCAUCAACUCAGGGGAAUACAUAUUCAUAUUGGUACCAUAGCGGCUAGUACAAUGAGGGAGAUGACAAAUAAAACACCUGAUGACUUUGUAACUUUGCCUCCAAGGUAUCCCCGCUGCUUCUCUUGUGACGCCUGCUGAUGUCAUCAAGACACGUCUGCAGGUUGCAGCGAGGGCAGGACAAACCACCUACUCAGGCGUCAUCGAUUGUUUCCGAAAGAUUAUGAGAGAGGAGGGCUUCAGGGCUUUGUGGAAGGGAGCUGGAGGUGAGCCUGUUUGUGUAGCUCUGCACAUAUAGAUGUUGUGUGUUUUCUGACUGCUUGGAUUUCAUCUAUGGAAUUUUCUCCUUUUUUUUCCUCCCCAGCUCGUAUGUGCAGAUCCUCUCCUCAGUUUGGCGUGACUCUGGUGACUUAUGAGCUCCUACAGCGGUGGUUCUAUAUUGACUUUGGAGGACAGUAAGUCUUUUUUUACAGUCUUCAAAUUAGACUUUUAAUACUAAAGUCUUGGUUAAUGUUAGGGAAGAAUAGUGAGGAUGCAGCACAGGGCUUGACACUAACUUUUUUUUUACAAGGAGCACAUGUGCCCCUGAGUUGAAAAAGUAAGGAGCACACAAGGAACUUUAGGGGCACAAUGAAAAUUGAUCAAAUAAUGUUUAUCUUAUUGGUCGACAUAAGUACUGUUAUUUUAAAUCAAUUUUAGGUCUCUUGGUCACAUGUAAUGGAAGCUAUUGAAGAAAAUGGUCAAAAUUUCCCUUUAAAUCUGACACCAAAAAUUUAAGAGGAUAAAUUAGGGAAAUAAAGAGGUGUGACUUAUCGUCCGAUCUUAGUAUUAUUAUUUAAAAUUAAUUUUAGGUCAAUUGGUCACAUGACAUGGAAGCUAUUGAAGGAAAACAGCUUUUUCUGAGAACAUCAACCGGUAAUUCAUUGAUAGUCCCUAAAUCAACACCUGCCGUUGAAAACAAGGGUGCCGAGUAGAUUUAACCGCACUGAUGUUGAUAUUUCUGUAUAUGGAGAGUGAGAAGACACCAGUAGAUCUGCAGUGAAUGGCCAUCGGAUAUCCAACCUAAAACUAACUUCGCCGCAGUAUAUACAUGAAAAAAUAUUUGUUGCCUCGGCUGAUUUUUUUAUAUGUGCACAUGUGCCCCGAAAUACAUUUUACAGUUCGCACACAACUAUUGUUAGUCGCAAAUGCGAGUGAAAUGGUCGCACUGUCAAGCCCUGAAACAUUAAGAUUAAAGGAGAGUUUAACAGUACAGAACAAAUUGAUAUAUGUAUUUAAAACUGCUUCUCUCUUCAACAGCCGUCCAUCAGGAUCCGACCCCACGCCCAAGUCCCGUAUCUCAGAGCUUCCUCCCAUCAAUGCUGACCACGUCGGAGGCUACCGCCUGGCUGCAGCCACCUUUGCCGGAGUGGAGAACAAAUUCGGUCUCCAUCUUCCAAAAUUCAAGUCUUCCGGUGUGGUCUCCAUCCAUCCCCCUGAGCCAGUCACUGCCACGCCGGCUCAAGCCCCGUAGAGAUCCCAAGCUCCAUAUCACUUUGCCAUCCCUAUUUUCCUUUAACAGGAGCCAGACACUAGGAUAGAUACACACACAAAGGAAAAAAAAAAAGCAAAACACGCACAAACUAAAAUACACUCCACAAGUAGAGGGCCCUUAAGUUAGGAACAAACAACUGCAGCUGCAGGGUGAAGGUGUUCUGCACUGGUCCCAAACCAGCUGUGGAUGUGAGUAAGCAGACAGGGACGGGACCAGACUGUCGUAUCUCCAGUGGCUGUACGCUCCUGGGAACUUUAUUGUUUGUUUUUCUCCAGCAUUUGUAAAGAGUGAAGCCUCUGCUCUUCUCUCUUUGUUUCAUGAGUAGCGCAUAUGAUUUUAAUUUCUUUUCUGUCUGAUACUCAGUUUGACUUCUCGUAUCGGACGAUGGGCAUAGAUUAUAUUAGACUGGUCGGCACGGUGUGUGUGCGUGUGUGCGUGUGUGGGGCUUCACUCUUGCUCAGUCCUCAGACAAGAGGCUAUAUACUGUACAUAUUGUAUAACUGUACGGAGAGUACAUAAACAGAAAGCAGUGAAACAAAAGUUACAUGACAAAGCGUUGUAACGUUCAGUAACUGUCAUGCUAUGGUAACGCGGGGCCUUCAGUCCUGCUUUCCAAGAAUCACUCUUACUGAUGUACAGAACUUUUCAAGUCAGUGUUUUCUUGGUGAAACAAGAAUCAUGAGCAGAGAAUUAGGUUAAUAAAUUAAAUGUAUCUAAAUUCAGUCAUUGUAUUUUAUUGAAAUAAAUCAUCCAUAUGGUUUUAAUUUUAA